UGGUGGUCUGAGUUGUAUUCCCAAAUUCAGGCAAGAUCGUUGAAGAUCGCCGGCCACCUUCAUCCGCCGUAGACCGCCGUGACCUCACAAACUCCGCAGACUACCAUUCAUCACUACGAUCGUUGACUUCUUUUGAGACGGAUAACUCAAGAAGAGGAGCGGCUUUCCUUGUCAAUGUUCGCUUUUGCGUUUUCUUAAUUGAGAUCAGCUAUUACAAUGAAAAAUGUUGGUGAUAAUGAGACUGAUGUGGAGGAUGGCAGGCUUGAUAAAGAGAGAGAAAGGAGUUCAAAGACUAGUAGGUUAAAACUUAACAAUCAAGCCCUAUUAUCUGGCCUUGCAUAUUGCCUUUCAUCAUGUAGCAUGAUACUGGUUAAUAAAUACGUCCUCUCCAGCUACGAUUUUAAUGCUGGAAUAUCUUUGAUGCUCUACCAGAACUUUGUGUCGGUAGUGAUAGUGUCUAGUUUGAGUUUACUCGGUGUAAUAUCAACAGAACCACUCACAUGGAGAUUGAUUAAAGUCUGGUUGCCUGUGAACUUUAUAUUCGUUGGGAUGUUAAUUACAAGCAUGUUUAGUCUGAGGUACAUUAAUGUUGCCAUGGUUACGGUGCUGAAGAAUGUUACCAAUGUGAUAACUGCAGUCGGUGAAAUGUAUUUAUUCAAUAAGCACCAUGACAACAGAGUGUGGGCGGCUCUGUUCUUGAUGAUCAUAUCAGCAAUCUCCGGAGGGAUAACAGAUCUAGCUUUUCAUGCUGUUGGCUACACAUGGCAGAUUAUUAAUUGCUUUCUGACAGCAUCAUAUUCUUUAACACUACGACGGGUCAUGGAUACAGCUAAGCAGGUCACAAAAUCUGGAAACCUGAAUGAGUUUUCAAUGGUUCUACUUAACAACACAUUGUCCUUGCCACUAGGACUUCUGCUAGUCUUUGUAUUCAAUGAGGUGGAUUAUCUUUAUAGCACACCCCUUUUGAGGAUGCCCACAUUCUGGCUGGUGAUCACAUUUAGUGGAUUUCUUGGGCUAGCUAUUAGCUUCACAUCUAUGUGGUUUCUUCAUCAAACAGGGGCGACUACAUACAGCCUUGUGGGAUCACUGAAUAAGAUUCCACUCUCAGUUGCUGGCAUCGUUUUAUUUCACGUCCCCACUAGCGUGGAGAACUCUGCGAGCAUCUUGUUUGGUUUAGUUGCAGGGGUGUUCUUCGCGAGAGCAAAGAUCAAGGAUAGAACUCAAUCUUGAAAAAACAAAAACGAGGCAUUUCAACUAAGAUCAUGAAACUCGAUUUGGUUCACAAACAAUCGGAUAGAAUACGACUGCACACAUUCGUUUUGGGAAACAUAUAUAAUUGAAAAAGGGUAAUCAUCUGUAGUUUCUGUAGGAAUAUAUUCUUGUUUCCCCUUGUAGCCAAUUUUGUACCUCAAAACGAUACCAAAAAUGAUGAUAUUUGUCGAGAAUCGAAAGUUGCAUUCUCUUUCUUG